AUGACGUCAUUCAUCGACAGCUUGGCAGCAAGCGAGAAAACAGCCGUAGUUAUCGAUAUUGGCCAUGCAUAUACCAAAUGCGGUUUUGCUGGAAAUUCUUCCCCGCGCCAUAUCGUUCCAACGACAGUUUCGAUUCGCGGAGAGACAAAACGUGUUUUUGAAGACAACUUAGACCUAGCUAGCUUACGUGAACGUCUCACGGAAUUCAUUCGGCUAGUCUACUACAAAUACAACAUCGCCAACUGUCGUGAGCGGCGUGUAGUAAUUGUCGAAUCAGUAAUUACACCUACACGUAUCCGGCAUUUACUUGCAGAUAUAUUAUUGAAGCAGUUCGAAGCAUCAUCUCUUGCGUUUGUUUCAUUACAUCUGGGUGCAACGUAUACUCUGGGUCGAAGUACUGCUUUGGUACUUGAUGUCGGUUAUAUAGAGGCACAAAUUAUGCCGGUAGCUGAAGGCGUACCAUUGGCAGUUCAGUUCGAUAGUUUAUCAUGUGCAGGUCAAGCAAUUCAUAAACAAAUCGAAUCACUUCUUACUCAACAUGCUUCCGUGACCCAUCAAGGACGUAAAAAAUCAUUUGCUGAGGCUAAUAUUCAACUUUCGGAGGAUACUCUUGAAGAUAUCAAAGUUCGUUGCUGUUUUGUGUCGCCAUUCACUCGCGCACAGAGUUAUUCUAAACUAAGCUCGGAUACGACAUUCAAAGAAGCUGCAUCAACUGAGUAUACAUUAGGCCCAGAAACAAUCAUUCAUAUUCCAGGCGUCGUCAGAGAAUUCGCUUGUGAAGUGCUUUUCGAACAAGAUAUCGAUGGUAAAUCCGUUGCAACCUUAAUUCUCGAUGCUCUAAUCCAGGCUUCUCUCGAUCUUCGUCGACAAUUUGCUGAUAACAUCCUUGUCAUCGGCGGUACAGCUAUGCUGCCUGGAUUUCUACAUCGACUCAACGCUGAACUAAAACAUUUAGUCAAUAUUUCAACAUAUGUAAAUAAAUUGGCCAUUCGAGAAUUCCAUUUUCAUUCUCCACCAGCACAACUGAACUAUGCAGCAUGGUUAGGAGGUUCAAUGAUCGGUGCUUUGGAUACACUCGAAUCGCAAUCUAUUCUUCGCGAAAAAUAUUUAGAGAAUGGCAUCGUGCCUGAUUGGUUUACUGGCGAACAAGCAGCAUAA